UCUAAGUGCGUGUGGUGCGGGGUGGACUCCUAGACACGAGGACGUGAGGCUCUUUCCCUUCCGCCUUCUCUAGCUCUUUCUCGGCGCGCGGCUUCGACUUGGGCUAAGUGGUGCGGAGAGGGGGCGGGGUACCUCCUCCCUUCUGCCCUACUGGAUGCGUCCACUUUGUGCUUGACUGGAAUUCAGGGGUCCGAAGUGUCAGCUUUAGGCCUGGUGAAGCGUGGUGACCCCAUGGCCCCUCUCGGAGGCGCCCCGCGGCUGGUGCUGCUGUUUAGCGGGAAGAGAAAAUCCGGGAAGGACUUCGUGACCGAGGCGCUGCAGAGCAGACUUGGAGGUAACGUCUGUGCGGUCCUGCGGCUCUCUGGCCCACUCAAGGAGCAGUAUGCUCGGGAGCAUGGCUUGGACUUCCAGCGACUCCUGGACGCCAGCACCUACAAGGAAGCCUAUCGAAGGGACAUGAUCUGUUGGGGGGAGGAGAAGCGCCAGGCCGACCCAGGCUUCUUCUGCCGGAAGGUUGUGGAAGGCGUGUCCCAGCCUAUCUGGCUGGUGAGUGACACACGGAGGGUGUCUGACAUCCAGUGGUUUCAGGAGGUCUAUGGGACUGUGACACAGACAGUCCGAGUCAUAGCGUCGGAGCAGAGCCGGCAGCAGCGGGGCUGGGUGUUCACACCAGGAGUGGAUGAUGCCGAGUCAGAGUGUGGCCUGGACAACUUCGGGAGCUUUGACUGGGUCAUUGAGAACCACGGAGAUGCGCAGUGCCUGGAACAUCAGCUGGAGAACCUGCUGGGAUUUAUUCGUGCCAAACUUUAGUGAUCGGUCAGGCCUUAGGGGUGGGCAGAGACUGCUGCAUUGUGGCGAACCCUGGCUCUGCCAGAUGUGGGUCCCCCGUCUUGGCUGAGGUCACAGAGCAGACACAGUCUGAGGAAUGGGAGGAUGAACAUGGGCUGUGGACAUGUUUGGAAACCUCUGGUGUGAUGUCUUCCCUGGAGAGGUCACCCUGCCUUCAGGACAUUUACAGGGCGGGGGGGGGGGCAUCAGUUUUGCUUGAGACAGGAACAUUACCAUGCCCACGGGUGUCCAGCCCUGCUGAGCUGGGAUGGUUUCGCUUCCCUGUGUGUAUGCUUUCGGCCCUGGAGUCCUAAUAAACCUCCUUGGAACACA